AGCGGCAGGCCUCCCUCCUCCUCCUCUUCCUCGCUGAGCUCAAACACACACUUAUGCGGACAGAGCGCAGACUACCGUCACAGAAAAGCCACGUUUGGGAUUGUCUAACGUUAACACGGCCAACAACUGGAUGCCCCCCGACCGCAGAACUCAUCCUAAUGGGCCUUCAUCGCUAAUUUGCAGCAACAUCUGGUCGGGUAUCUUUUUUGGCUCUGAUGGUACUAGCUGAACAGUGACCGCUACCUGCCCGAGGACACCUCCUGCCCAAUUCCCUUCAUCAUGUCUGGGAUCCAUGCGCCAUGGUCGACUGGCACAGAGUGUGUAGCCAAGUAUAACUUCCAGACUGCCAAUGAACAGGAUCUGCCCUUCUGUAAAGGAGAUGUACUGACCAUCGUUGGCGUCACCAGGGAUCCAAACUGGUACAGAGCAAGGAACACAGUGGGCAGAGAGGGCACCAUCCCUGCAAACUAUGUCCAGAAAAGGGAAGGAGUCAAGUCAGGAGGGAAACUCAGUCUCAUGCCCUGGUUUCACGGGAAGAUAACUCGGGAGCAGGCCGAGCGACUCCUCUACCCUCCGGAGACGGGUUUGUUCCUGGUUAGGGAGAGCACCAACUAUCCUGGCGAUUACACCCUGUGCGUGAGCUGCGAUGGCAAGGUGGAGCACUACCGCAUCAUCUACCACGACGGCAAACUCACCAUCGACGAGGAGGAGUACUUUGAGAACCUCAUGCAGCUGGUGGAGCACUACACCAAAGAUGCCGACGGCCUUUGUACCAGGCUGAUUAAACCCAAGUUGAUGGAGGGAACCGUGGCAGCGCAGGACGAGUUCUCCAGGAGUGGCUGGGCCUUGAACAGAAAGGAGCUGAAACUCCUCCAGACGAUUGGCAAAGGAGAGUUUGGAGAUGUGAUGGUAGGAGACUACAGAGGGACCAAGGUGGCGGUCAAGUGCAUCAAAAACGAUGCCACAGCGCAGGCUUUCAUCGCUGAGGCUUCCGUCAUGACGCAACUGAGGCACAACAACCUGGUGCAGUUGUUAGGGGUAAUUGUCGAGGAGAGGGGAAGUCUCUACAUCGUCACAGAAUACAUGGCAAAGGGCAGCCUAGUGGACUACCUCCGCUCCAGAGGACGGACUGUUCUCGGGGGAGACUGCUUACUCAAGUUCUCACUUGACGUAUGUGAAGCGAUGGAGUACCUGGAAGCCAACAACUUCGUCCACAGAGACCUGGCAGCUCGUAACGUGCUGGUGUCCGACGACAACAUCGCCAAAGUCAGCGACUUCGGCCUCACGAAGGAGGCCUCCUCCAUACAGGACACUGCCAAGCUGCCUGUCAAAUGGACCUCCCCCGAAGCACUAAGAGAGAAGAGGUUUUCCACUAAGUCUGAUGUGUGGAGUUAUGGAAUCCUACUGUGGGAGAUUUACUCCUUUGGCCGUGUGCCUUACCCCAGAAUUCCGUUAAAAGAGGUGGUGCCCCGGGUAGAGAAGGGGUACAAGAUGGACGCCCCAGACGGCUGCCCGCCCGUGGUGUACGACCUGAUGAAGCAGUGCUGGACCCUGGACCCCGUGGUGCGGCCCUCCUUCCGCAUGCUGAGGGAGAAGCUGCAGCAUAUCAGAGCCAAGGAGCUCUACCUGUGAAGAGGAGGCGCAGAUGGAGGGCGUGUUUGGGUAGAGGAGGGGCAAGACGCAGCCCAGCACAGCUGUAAAAUGGGAGGAGGAGGAGGGGGAGGAGGAGGAGAAGAGGGACCACCGGACCUUACUCCUGCCUGCCCAGCCUCUUGACCCGUGGGACUGCCAUACUGUGCCCCUCCCCCAGCCUCAGGCGUCCACCAGCCGUCUUCUGCUUCCACACUAGGACUGUUUUCCUGUUUGUGUUGUAUAGCUUUUGCCAGACAAUUUCCUUCCUCUCUCGAUGGGCCACUGCCCUUUCCUCCUUCUGAACCUGCAGCUGCUCAUCCCCCUCCCCAACGCCCCACCCCUCUCUCUCGUCACUUGGUCCAACCUGUCACUUGUCUACCUGAUAGAUCCCCUUUUCCCUUUUCUUUUUUGUAAUUCCUCCCCACCUCCUCCUCCUUCUCCUCCCCGUCCUCCUCCUCUCCUGAACAUGGCAUUAACUGGAGGGGAGGCUGGCCUUUUCCUCCACGUUUGUCAGGUGCUCUUUCUUCUCCACCCCCAGCCCUUUAUCAUUCCUGGAUCUUCGUGUCACUCUGUGGCUCUGCAUGCCUUUCAGCCCAGCUCCGUGUCAUUCCAUCCUUCCUUCCUUCCUUCCCUCCUCGCUUUCCCUCGGUCGUGGUGUCAGGUGUGGGGCCUUCGCUCUGUGCCAAAGUGCCUCCAGUCUACAGAGCUCCAGACUCCCCUCCAACACUUGUUUUAAUUGGACUGUUGUGGUUCCAUUUUUUUAUUACGUUUUUUAAAAAACAAUCUUUUUUUAUUGCUUUCGUUUUUUGUUUUUUUUUUUGUUUUUUUUCAGGGAGGUUAUUAAACUUUUUUUUUUUUUUUUUAGUGCCGUCUCCCCCACUUCCACCAUCGCCACAUCAGACUUUUUUUUGUUUUGUUUUUUUUUUUGUUUUUUUUUCCAAGUGUCCGGGAAGAGCACGUGAACAGUAACCGAGGGGAUAAUAUGGGGGCCAGUAUCAUGUUCGUCCUCCGGCCAUGACAGGCUGGAGGAGCAGCGGCGGGCGGGUGAGGUGGGGAGGGGAGGGGGGGGGUCGCAGGACACUAACAGGAGAAGAAGGGGGAGAGGCAGUUCACAAACAUGGUUGAUUCGUCAUACGUGGGCUUGUUUUUAUAUCAAAAUGUAUUUAAAGGAUUAAAAAAAAAUAAAAUAAAUAAAUACAAAAAAAAAAA